AUGCGUUGCUAUGUACCGACGUUGGAUAAACCGCUGAUGAGAUUUUUUGCUUGGUAUACACGAUAUUUGCUGGUCGACUAUUAUCAACUGUUCAUCAUUUUACCAGUUGCUCUAACUUGUUUCCUAGGAUUUGGUAUUUAUUGGGCCAAGGAAUUAACAUUGCUGGAUGCCAGAAAGCUGUAUACACCAGUUGGAGCACCUUGUUGGGAGGAAGAAAGAGUGAUGAAAGAAUUAUGGCCAAUUCGAAUUGACGAAUUUUUACCAGAACGAACAUUUGAAUGGAAUAGACAUCUGUACGUAAUUGUGCACGGACGACAGGACAGUAAUGGAACCUACCCAAAUAUCCUGGAAGACAAAUAUCUUAAUGAAAUUGAACUUUUGGAAAAAAGUAUUGCCGAAAAUGUUACAUUUCCAAUGCGAAAAGAAUGGCGAUCAAAUUCCACUGCACAUAUUAACGAAACUGUUCAUUUUCAGGAUAUCUGUUUAAGUUGGUAUGGUGAGUGUUAUCGACAAACAAAUAUUGUAAAACUGUUGAAACAUCGUCAAGAAUUGGAAAGAAAUGGUAUUGCCGUAACAUUUCCACGUGCUAACACUAAAGGAACACCAAUUUAUUUGGCUUUUAAUGUCGGCGGAGUUAAGUCAGCAACUGGAAUGCGUUUGUAUUAUUUCAUGCGAUUUGACACUGAAGAAAUUAAUCGAAUUUCAAUGAAAUUUGAAGAUGAAGCUAGUCAGUUCAUAACCAACACUUUUGCUAGUAAUCCACUCAUUGAAGUACAUGUUCAACAUUCGCGUUUUGUGGAUAUGGGAUUGACAAAAAAUGCUAAUCGACUGAAACCGUAUUUUUCAGUGACAGUUGUUGUUUUAAUACUGUUUACAACAGUUUAUGCUUUGAAAUGGAAUAUUGGUAACAAUGGCCAGACUUGUUACGUGCAGAUAGACUGGCUUCGCUCUAAACCGCUGUUGGCUUUGGCUGGAGUUAUGUCAUCUGGAAUGGCAAUUUUAUCCGGAAUAGGUUUACUGCUGUGGUUUGGGAUGUUUUUUGCUGAAAUAACGCUGAUAGCUCCAUUUCUUGUACUCUCAAUCGGUGUUGACGAUAUGUUUAUCGCUGUUGCAGCUUGGCACAACACUGAACUUAAAUAUCCCGGGAAAACACAUGAGGUUUUGAAGGAACGUAUGGUUGAAGCAAUGUCGGAAUCUGCAGUGGCAAUUUUUAUUACUAGUAUAACUGACGUAUUCUCUUUCGCUAUCGGUUGUUGGACAGAUAUUAUUGCUGUUAAAGGAUUUUGUGCAAUGACUUCAGCGUGCAUGUUUUUUACGUUCUUAUAUCAGAUAACUUUCUUUGCCGCAGUGAUGAUUAUCAGUGGGAAAUUGGAAUUGGAAGGGAGAAACGCUUGUAUUCCAUGCGUUCAGACUUUGGAUCCAUAUAAUAUAGAUCAGAGCGACUGUUUCAAGAAAAAAAAUAACGGUAUUUGCUUGUUUGCGUUUUUAGAAUCAAAAGUUUCAAAAUAAAA